AAUAAAGCUCAAUUUCACUUCCACCCCCCAACUUUCCCUUGUCAUUUUCUCACCAUCUCCAACACAAAGAAAAGAAAAGAAAAAACAUGGACACUCUCAUCACCAUCUUUCUUUCCCUCACCACCAUCUUCAUAUCCAUCUACUACUUCAUCAAGAAGCCAUCGCCCGCCAGCUCCCCGGCCCCCGAACCGCCGUCGCCGGCCGGCCGUCUUCCCAUCAUCGGCCACCUCCACCUCCUCUUCCUCACCGGAGAACUCCCACAUCACCAACUCGCCCGACUCGCCGCCGGACUCGGAUCCCCCGUAAUCAAGCUCCAACUCGGCCGAGUCCCCACCGUGGUCGUCUCCUCGGCUCAACUCGCCCGCUACGUCCUCAGGGUGAACGACGGCGUUUUCGCCAACCGGCCCCAACUCGUGGCGGCGCAGUACCUGUCGUUCGGCUGCUCAGACGUCACGUUCUCGCCGUACGGGCCCUACUGGCGCCAGGUCAGGAAGAUUUGCGUCACCGAGUUGCUCAGCCCCCGCCGAGUCCACUCCUUCCAGCAGGUGAGGAAGGAAGAAGUGGACAGGAUGGUAACCGCCGUGGCGGCGAGCUCCGGCAAGGAAACCGACGUGAGCAGCCUGCUAUUCGGGCUAGCCAACGACGUUCUAUGCAGGGUGGCGUUCGGCAGAAGGUUCGUUUCGGGCGCCGGGGAAGGGAAGAAGAAGGAGCUGGUGGGUGUGUUGACGGAGACGCAGGAGCUGCUGGCUGGGUUUUGCUUGGACGAUUUCUUCCCGGGGUGGGAAAGCGCCACGAGUUGGAUCACCGGGUACCAAAAGAGACUGACCAGAAAUCUGGAGGACCUGAAGGAAGUUUGUGACGAGAUCAUAGGCGAGCAUUUAAUGAAGAGGAAGGAUUGUGGUGAUGACCAAGAAGAAGAAGAAGAAGAAGAGGAGGAUUUUGUUGAUGUUCUGCUCAAGGUUCAGAGAAGGGAGGAUCUCGUUGUCCCUGUUACUGAUGACAAUCUCAAAGCUCUGAUCCUGGUAAGUAUACUCUGCGAUUUUACAUUGAGCUUUAACUGAAUUGCUUUGCCCCUAGCUAGCUCUUAAAUUAUUAAUUGUCUUCGAUCUCUUUUUCAGAUCUUUCUAUGUUAAAUCUUGAUUCGGCUAGUUGAUGGUAUGGGUUAGGCUUAGUACGAUAGUGAUAUAGUUGGAUUGUAUGCAGUGGCGGAUUCAAAUUUUUUUUAUAGGGGUGUCCUUUUUAAAAAAUUAAAAAAUAUAAUAAAUAAUUCAUAAAUAAGAAAAUACAUGACUAGUACAAAUUUUAACAAAAGGUCACGACGUAUUUUCAUAUUCUGAAAAAGAAUAUAAAAUAUACUCGACGUCUUCACUGCUCAACAAAUCUAUAUAUCAUACUAGACAAUAAUAUACGAACUGAUCUCAUAUUCGAAUUCUAACCUUGUUCUUUAUGUAUCUCAAAGUUGAAAGACUCUUUUAACUCUUGUUGUGUAACUAUCAAAUCAAUUCAAAUUAAGGAUAACCCACAACUAGUUUAGUUGUUAGGUCUUGAAAAUAGUUGGGGAUAAGCAAUAAUGUUUUUACUAUUUCUUAGUGUUUAAAUAGAACAAGAAAUGAGUUGCAACCUAAAGAAUAUGUUUAAUAAUAGUAGUGUCCUAAGUUUGAAUAGCACAAACUACCAUUUAUAAUUUUUUAAUCUUACACAAACUACUAUCGAGAGUAGUAUAAUCAUUUUUUUCAAAUUUAAGGGUGUCCAGGAUUACCAAUUAUAAUUUUUUCUCCUUACGAAACUACAGCCGGGGGUUGGAUAAUCGUUCUUCCAAAUUUAAGGGGUGUCCCGGGACACCCCUAAAUGUCCAUGUAUCCGCCAUUGAUUGUAUGCAUGGCUCGUAAUCCUUACAAUAUGUGCAUUAACGUUAGUAUCGCACCUACAUCUAACAGCUAAUCAUGAAACGGAAUAAUCCGACGAUGUUAAUCGGGUAAAUUAUUGGGCGAGUUGAACUCAAAGUUACGGUUAAGAUAGAAUAGUCACAGUUGUGACUGUGACACGUGAAACCAAACCGUGCCACCUAAUCUGCGUUGUUUUGGACUUAAAUGCUCAGUUUUAUAACUUUAACCCUAACUAGAUAUUGCUAGUACAUGGUAGUACGACACCUAUAUAUAUAUGGUGUAACGUCAUUGUAUUUGCUAUUAUCUUGAUAAGCGGAUAGAUAUAUCUCUUCAUAAACUGACUAGUCUUGUUCACAUCGAACGGGAAAAUAACGUAAAUCGUUAUCUCAUCUACUCUCAAUUUAUUAUUUUCUUCAUAGGUUUUUUGGUUCCAGGAAGGUUCACAAGAGAACAGAACCUCCCCACGUCAAACGUUAAUCCCGAGAAUACAGAAGUCAAAAUGUGUAGGAUACUGUUGCAUUAAAAUCGUCAACCUAGGGUUCUUACAUUUGUUUGUUGGUUGGUUGGCGUCUUUAGGGGUACAGAAGGAGGAAAUUCCUUUUGGUUGAAUGACUAGCUAGCUACUCACAUUUAUGAAGGCAUAGAUAGGACUUGGGAGUUGGGAGAGAAACAGAGGAAGAAGAAAAGAAAAAGAAGAAGAAAAAAACAAGUCUGAAGAAACGUGGAGCGGCUGCAUGUUCAGCAGAGCAUGCAGCAGAAACGUCCAACCAAAUAACCUCAUAAUCCAAUUAAUUGCACGACUCUUUCUUCAUGGAAAGAACAGUUCCACAAGGCACAAAUUGCCCCACCGAGUAGGAUUUUGACGGUUGCUUCUUUCGCAUGUAGGUGACAACAUGAUAUUUUGUAAAGUAAUAGUUUAAAUAAUAUUGAUUUAAAAGUAGAGGGAUUUUAUUUCAUUCUUAAUCUUUCUUUUCAUGAAUUUGUCAUCUACAACACCAUGUGGUCGGAUAAGCGAUAAACUUUCAUGAGAGAAGGGCCGUCGAACAAAUAAUUUAUAUUUUUAAACUUCGAUCUCUCAUGAAGAUGUCGUCUAGUUUGUACUAUUUUUGCUUUGUUUUUAUUAGGGUUAAUACCCUAGUUUGGCCCGAAGUUUAGCGUAAGUGACAGUUUUGGC